AUAAUUCAUAGAUCAAGCAUCAAGGAUCCACCGCAGAACAUGACUAUUAGUUUCAGUUGAUUGUAGUAUAUCGUUGAGAAAAAAUGCCGAGUUUUGUAUUAUACAUAUAUAAGUAAAUGUCAAAGUGAUGUGAUAUAUGAAUAUAUGUGUUAUUUUAAAAGUUAUUGUGAUAUGUACAGGUGUGUUUAUAGGUGUUGUUAGUGUAAAGUAUGGAUUGUUUUGUGGAUAUGUUUUACUCCUUGCCUGUUAGCAGUGAAGAUGAUCACCUGAAAAUGACUUCCACUCGAAUAGGAUCGGAUGUGAGUACUACAAGCAGAGUACGGCUGAACCAGGUUCUGGCCAUAAUAGUGAGGAAGGAGGGCUGCCAGGGAGAUCCAGGAGACUUCUGGAUGUAUGAAAAUGGCUACCUAUUAUUCCAGGGUCUAUUAUCGGCGAACUCUGUAUGCUGGUGGAACAACGCAUUGAACGGUGCCACCAAGAGCUUGGUUUAUUUCGGGUACAUCAAUCCAGGUGCACUAUUGGUCAGUGCGGAACCAUGUGCUUUGGAGGUACUGAGGAACGCCUGGGCAAGGAGGGUACUUCAACCACCACCGGGUUACCAAAUAGUAGGAUUAGAGGAUAUCGACCACUGCGACGCGUUACCCGUGCCCCAGACGCAGUGGACGCCCCUGCCGGAAGCGGUGUGCGCUGUUGUGCUUCGAUUGUCUAGUCAGGGAAGACCCGCAGGAAUCGAGACGAUCAGGGAGGCGCUGAUUCUGGCCGAGAAUAGGUACAUUAAAAAUGAUAAUUAUAAAUGAUAACCUCUUCUUUUUCUAACAACCUGUAGAAGUAUUACUUAUAUGAGUUUUUAUGUUACUUUUUUGAACAAUUCUAGAAGAAAAAGAUCUAGAAGCCAUUCCAGGACGAGGAGCAAACGAGAUCCAGACAAUGGAUUCGAAGCUUCUCCCAACAAAACGAUGCUCAUGUCCACGGAGGAAGCCAUGGUUAUGGUUCACGGAGAUAUGGCUACCAUCAGAGAUGGAAACAUUACUCAUCAGUGUAUACAAACCAAUCUAGCAGAUGUUAUUUGUGGAGGAAAUGCCAGUGACAAAAUUCUCUAUCCAAGAAACAAACGAAGGUCAGCCUCGUUUCCAGCUCACCGAAGUCCAGACCGACGUGGUUCCUUUAGAUUAUGGAGCUCUAACAGAAGGCUAAGGAGAUCAGCGUCAACAAGAACCAUCCACAAACACUACGUAGACACUAGCAGCAGUACGGAGUACCCGAACAGCGGAAAUUCAACACCUACACCAAAAAAGGAAUCUUUGUUAUCAAGGAUAUUCAGGCGGUCGAAAAGGUCACAGUGUCAAAUUGGAACUUUUGGUGCACAGUUUCCUCCAAGUGAAUGGUUCAAUUCCAAAGCGGUUCAUUUGCAUAGCGUUGGGACACAGACAGCUGCAGAAAAAGAUUCUGGAAUAGACAUAGCUACGUACCUAGAAACCUGCGAUAUUAGCUCUAGGUCAGCUACCCUACCCCGAAACCACCGAAGGAACCUCUCCAGCGACGUCACAUUACCUAAUUCAUUAAACGAAUCCAGAGAAGACUCCCCCAUAUCCCGAUUUACCUCCCCGUCAUAUUCUGCCAGCACCCUACCACGAAAACACGGUUACAGGAGCAGAGACAGUUCGAGAAAAGCCAGUAGAUCAAGUUUAGGAAAGUCCUCAACUAACAACGAAGGGAAACCUGAAAACAGUCCGUCCAAAAUCCGAGAUUCCCUGGAACAAAUCAGGAAAUCGCCUAAAACUAACGGAAAAUCGGAAACAUCUUCGAAAACUAGUCAAAGAUUCAACGAAACCAACGGGUACAGCUGCGAUAACUCUUCGGAAAGUCAGUCAGCUUCAGCUUCGCCAGUUAAAAACCUCUCCAGCAUCGAUAACAGUGGCCCAAGCAGCAUAGAAUCGCAUAAAAGUAGUAAAACUGGAAGUUCCCUAACCAGUGGUCCUUCUAGUUUGGAAUCACACAAAACUGUCAUUGAUAAAAAUUCAACAGAGCCUCCAAAAGUUGAUUCGAGGUCUCUGAAGAAACAUGUCAGGAAAGAAGUGACCAAAACCAAAAUUACAACGAAAAAUAACGGAUCUAUACCUCAAAGUAAUUCUUUUACUUUGCAAGUAACGACAAAUCAGAAUGGUGUUAGUAUUGGGAACAGUAACUCCACAGCAACUGCCACUAUAAAUGCUGGAAACUCUACAGGUGGUAAUACUAAAAUAUUCGUACAAAACUCUCCAGUAAGGUCAGUAAUAACGUUUGAGAACGGUCAAAACGAUGACAGUAAUCCAAAUGUCAUUGUUAUUAGUGGAGAUGUCCAUCAGAAGGAUCCUAAAAGUGAAUCAGGUGUUUUGGAGCAAAGUAAACCUGCUAAAAAUACUAAUAAAGAGUCACAGAUUAGUCUAAAUAAUGUUAAAGAAGACUCAAAUACCAAUGAAGAGUCUAAUGAGACUAUGAAUAACAGCAGAAAGCUUUCAUUACAACUACCAACAAAAGAAAGCUUGAAUUUUCAUAAUUUGAUCAAAAAUGUGUCUUCCAGUACACAUAACCAGUAUAUUUCUAGCUCAAAUCCUGACUCACCCAUAGCAAACACCUUCCGAGACUUUUCAAAGAACUCUAUCUAUGGUAGUAACCCCUCUAGUCCUACAAAAAGUUACGAGGGUAUACCUAUUGGUAGGUUUUUUAAAAAUGAUGUUGGUUCUAAAACAUCUUUGGAUAAAUUUUCGGAUAACAAAGUGCUGGAGAAAAAUUGUAUAGGUUCCGAACCAAAUAUUUGUUAUAAAGAAAGAACCCUUCCAAGAGAAAACAGCAAACAGCAGUUUCCUAGUCUCAGUGACCUGUCUUUUAAUUUCACCAGUUUGGCAGCACAGAAAAUACUGAAAGGUGUUAGUAUCAACAGCGUGGACACUUUGGUAGAGUUGAAUAUGGCGGCUAAUAAUAUAGAGAAGCAGAAUAAUUGUGAGAUUGUCCAUACAGAUUUUGGAAUGUUUUAAAAAUUGAAGUUGAACACGCUUUGAACAACGAAAAUAUCUGCUCUCUUUUCUAUGUGUAUUUUCAUCUUGUACAAACAAAAAAAAAUACAAUUUUUUAGUGCCAUUGAGAUAUUUUUUAAGACAGGCUAGUUCAAAGAAUCGCAGUGUCAUUUUUGACAUUGAAUAUUUGACAGUAUGUCCAGACAAUUAUUGCAUUACAAAGAGAAAUAUUGACUUGAAAAUAUGUUUGGUUUGGUUAGAUAACAAGGACUAAGGAAGAGAAGUAUAUCCUCAAAUAAUAAAUUCAAAAACAUUUUUUUUUCAGUUGAUUUAUUUGAUUAGUUUACUUUUUGUAUCAUGUACAGGGUAUUUCCAAUAUUCCGUGGAGAAGAAGAAAAAAAAAAAAAAAAAAAAAAAAAAAUGUGUCUAAUAAUGAUUUUUACUCCAAAAACAGGAUGUUCUAUGUGCACGGAAUAUUGGGACAGUCUGUGUUAUAUUAUUACUUAAAAAAAGUGAAAAGCUGCUCCACUAUUUGUAGUGUUUUCGGUCUGGGAAAAAUGGCACACUGCUCAAAAAACUAUUUUUGAAAUAUUUUUUCUAAAUAUUUCCUUAUUUUAUCAGAUUUAUAUACUUUGCACAAAUCUAAUAAUAAAAUAAAAAAGAAGUAAAGCAAAAUAAACACAGAAAAAGUCUACGAACUAAUAAAUAUUUUAAUUUUUCAUGCGGAAAGUUAAACAAAAUUGACAAAAAGCUUGUUUCAGACUGGUUACCCUGAUGUUUUUUUUUGAUAACAAAAUAAAACACUAAAUCGCCACAAUACACCAAAACACCUUUACUUUUACACUGUGUAAAGUGUAAAAAGUACAGUGUAAAAGUAAAAGUGUUUAGGUGUUUUGUUUUGAUUUAGUGUUUUAUUUUGCUGUGUAACACCAAAAGUUCCAACCCCGAACUGUAAUUUUUUAGAUAUAUGAAUAUAAAAAUAGUAUUUGACUCCUUUCUUAGUCCUUUUAUUCCAAGAUUAGACUACAGGUAUGCCAUAAAAAUCAAAUAAGGUAUAAAACUCUUACAUAAAUAAAAAGAUAUCCUUCCAAAAUAUGACAAAAAUAAUUAAUUUAAAUCAAUGGAAACAUAUUUUAGAAAAUUCGUCUUAUGUAAACUUUCCAUCGGGAAAGUUUUCUUUAGGAUGGACAAAAUUUAUAAAAAAGUGACAAACAAUUCAAAACUGUUUGAAUGGUAGUAUUUUAUAUUUUUUGGUGGCUUAAAAUUACAUGUAAUCGAAAAUGUAUUUUGUAAUUAAUCGAUUGUACACGCUAAAAACAAUAUUAAUGUAAUAUUUUGUAUAUUUAUUUUAUUAUAUAUUAUGUAAUAUAAGUAACAAGUCCUUUUGUAAACUUACACCAUAUGUACAGAAUAACAUUAAAUUUUAUAAAAGUA